GAAUGACGCCAUCAUCAAACACCCUCUCGUCUGCGGGUGUUGGUAAAUAACGUGUUGUUUCGCCCGGCGGGCAAUUCCUCGUGUGAUUGAUUUCUGUCAUGUUCCUCAAUUUUUUUUGUUUGUCAAUAUGUCGAGAUCCAUUUUUCUCCAAGCAACCAGAAUACACGGUAAUGGAUGAUCAAUAGAUUGAUAUUAUCUUCGGACCGACAAACUGUGCCGUGGCAGACGUGAAACAGUCUCUGGGACGCGUUACGGGGAUUACAGAGUGUUUUGCAAAACUCACCUGGAUAGCUUAAUAAGAAGUCUUUUUUUUCUGAUAGAGGAAAACAUUCUUUUACUUAGGUGUGAGAUAUUAUAUUUGUUCAAGACAGGCUCUAACUAUUAACCUUUGGGUCAGGUACAGGGAAAAAGUGGAAUAGUUUCGUAAGAGGUUCGAGCCAAUGUUGAAGACUCUCACUGUGUGCCUACUGAGUCUGUUCCUCCUGGUUCAAGUACAACUCGUUUCAGGAGGACACCCUCUGGGACACUCCACCGAUGGGGAGAGUGAAAAGGGACCGCCGCCCUCUUUCCGGAAACCCCUCGGACUUCUCGGUGCCCUCGGCUACGGAGAUGACGUCAUCCUCCAUCGUCACAUCCGGGCAGCUGGGGAGACGACGACCGUGGAGCCGCCGGAGGAGAAAGACACGUGGACGAAGAUCGGCGAGUUCUACGCUGACAACAACAACAUGGCCAUGUACCUCGUCCUGCCUCUCAUCAUCCUCGUGUACGGCGGUUGCAGCGUCAUUUACUGCGUGGCCAAGUGCAGACGAUACAUGAAGCGGCAGCACCAGAAGAAGAUCCGCGAGGACAAGAUGCAGCUGAACCCGGAAGACAAGAACGAUCUCAACCAUGACGAGGAGGCGCCGAGCUACGACGCGAAGCAGACGUACCCGACAGCUCUGAGUUCUCCCAACUUCACCAAUGACGUCAACUAUAACCGCGGAAGCACCUCUGGGACUCCGCUGCCCUCACAGGUACCAGACGACGAAAAUCAUCCCCCGAAAUGCAUCUCUCCCGUCAACGCGACGGUCAUCGACCCGCACAACAAGCUGGAUUCGAGAAUGAGUCACAAGGAAGUGGAUGUGUCGCGGAAGACGUAUAGAGAUAUUUUCGCGGCCAGGGACAACAAUUUAGCAGAAGCCAACGAGAAUGGGUCGCUCACCAUCGUGGACAAGUCCGGGAUGCCAGUCAAGAAUGAUGAUCCAGCCAUUCCAAUGACGCUGCGUACCAACAGUAUGGGGACGACGCCGUCUGCCAACGGAAGGGAGAGCACUCUGUCAUACAAGGAAGAACUGCUGGCGAAGUACGAUGCCUUGUCCACGUUUGCUAUGGCGAAAAAGGCGGCAGAUAUUCUCAGAAUGACCCCCAACAAGGAAAAAGAUCCGUUUGCUACAAAGGGAAGAAGAAAGGUUAUUUAUAUUGCGGAAUAGAAACGAAACCAAAAAUAUUUAAAAAAAAUAAAAUUUGAUCAAAGAACAUACCAAAUCAAUUUCGUUUGUGUGUGAUAAUAUUUAAAAUGAAAUGAUACGUGUUUUAUAAAUGAACUUUAAGUUAAGUGUGGAAAAAUAGAUAAAGGUAACGAAAUAUUUUUCUACGAACCAAAGACGUUUUUGUGUAAACUGCUGUUAAAUGCGAGUCAUUGACCAAAUAUGGUGACAUUGAAAAGGAAUAUCUUGAAAACGAUACUUUAAACAAGAUUAGAAAAAUAUAUUUAACGCCAUUAUAAAUAAUAUAUGUUCUAGAGCAUGGUUAUUAUUCAUUGGAAAAUCGGAUUAUGGUGCUUUUCAAAUUGAAAUUAAUAACAAACCUUUCUCAGAAAUAGUUGAUUAUGAAACAUAAUAUUGUACAUUUGCUAGCAUGUCAUUUAAUUUUGGAAUUCCUUUGCUAGUGUGAAUUAAUCUGUUAAUCCCUUGGGGAUUUUUGGAGGGGUGAUGGGGUUUUGUUUUUGUUGUGGGUGUUUGAGCGGGGGUUGUUGUUGUUGUUGUUGUUUAAAGGCAGAUAAAGUGACUGCCGUUUUUAAAGGGACAUUCCUGAGUUUGCUGCAUUGUAAGAUGUUUCCGACUAAUAAAAUAUUUCUACGAUUACACUUACAUAUUAAAUCUAUUUUCUUGUUUAGAAUAUCAGUGUCUGUAUAUU